AAUUCCUGUUUAAUAGAGUUGCUUCCAUGGGUGUUGACAACAUACUCUUACGCGUUGAAAAGUUGUUAAAGUCUCUUAGCGAAUUUGCACACUGCCGAUUAUAGUGACACACCGGGCUCCUUGUAUUCGAUCAUGGGUGGCCAAAUAUCAAUGGAUGGUGUUCAUGUGGUUGUAGUCGGCGGUGGUUUUGGUGGCGUCGCAGCAGCGCAGCAACUCAAGUACAAGGGAAUACCCUUUACUCUCAUUGACAUGCGGGAUGCCUUUCAUCACAAUGUGGCUGCACUGAGAGCCUCUGUACAGAGUGGCUUUGCCCCGAAGACCUUUAUCCCGUAUGCUGAAACAUUUGGAGAACGUUUUCUUCAGGGUAGUGUGGUUCUGGUGGACCCUGUCUCUCAAAUUGUAGUAUUGGAUGGAGGGAAGGAAGUGAAAUUCUCUCAUCUUAUACUGUGCACGGGCACCGACGGACCCUUCCCUGGGCACAACACUGUGGUCUCAUACCAGUCAGCCAUUCAGAAGUAUGAGGACUUUGUAAAUGAGAUCCAGGCUGCUGGCUCAGUCCUCGUGAUUGGGGGUGGAUCCACAGGUGUGGAGAUGGCUGCAGAGAUCAAAACUGAAUACCCAGACAAAAAGGUAGAAUGCAUCCCUCAGACUCACGAUACUGGAAGAUUGAAGAGGGCUUUUCUUUCUUUUGUUUAUACUCCAAAUCAUCAUGUAGAGACCAUUCAAAACUACAGACUUAAAACCAAAUCCAUAGUCAUGUGUCUGCACCUCAUAUCUCUCUCCAUAUAUUUUCAGGUGAUUCUAAUCCAUUCUCAUAUCGGAAUGGCAGACAAAGAGCUGCUGCCCAGUGUCAGAGAGCAGGCCAAGGAGGUGCUGUUGGAGAAAGGCGUGGAACUUGUGCUGGGGCAGAAGGUGUCUAACUUGGCUGAGCUGGAAUUGAAUGUGAUCAAGAAGGAUACGGUUAUUACCACAGACAAGGGUUUGGAGAUCACAGCAGACCUUGUUAUCAGCUGCACCGGGUCCAAGAUCAACUCCUCCGCUUAUAGCUCAACUUUGAACGGAUGCCUGGCGGAGAACGGAGCGUUGAAAGUGAACAAGCAUCUGCAGGUGGAGGGCUAUGAAAACGUGUACGCAGUCGGGGACUGUACCAAUCUCAAGGAACCCAAGACUGCAUAUGCCGCAGGGCUUCACGCUGGGGUUGCGGUUAACAACAUAGCAUAUCGUUUGGCUGGAAAGGCUCAGGCAGCCUAUCACCCAGGCAGUGUGACAAUGCUUUUGGCUAUGGGCCAUAAUGACGGAGUGGGUCAGUUCAAUGGCAUGAAGCUCCCUCGCUUUCUUGUCGCCAAGGCCAAGAGCAACAACUUGUUAUUGUGGAAGAGCUGGAGGGAGAUGGGCCAGACAUCCCCUUAAUCUCAGAACAUUCUAGUCUUCGAACUCAAAUAGUUGUCUGCCUGUACUGCCUGAAAGGAGAUUAGUGCCUUAGUAUCAAGGAUAGUUGUACAAGGCACAAAAAUGACUGUGAAAUUAUUAAACCUCUUCAAAAAGUCUUUGUAGUCUUUGUUUUUGUAAAAGUAAUACACCUAUAAAAAUUUGAGUACUUUCCAAUCUUGAAUCUAGAUUCUAAUACCAGUCUUAGUUUUGUAAAAGUUCAAAGGAUUCAGAGUCAAAUGCGUAAAAGCUUAGCUUUAGUUUGUUGAAAGAGGGCCACACAAAGUGGUAGUGUUGUGAAAUUACCUGCUGUAAAUUCACAGAUUGCCACAACAAGAAAUUACAAACAGUCCAGCUUUAUUAUAUUCAAGUUAAAAUAAAAUUCAAUUGGUUUGGUAUUUUUAAUCAUAUCCAACAAUAUAUACAUCUGGAUCACAGUGGAAUUAAGGUCCUUCGGGCAAUGCUUCCGUCAUCAGUAACUCCAAUUAUUUACAUGUUCUGCUUCAUUUGGCACAUCAGUGUUUUUUUUGUACACAGCACUAGCUAAAAAUAAAAUGCUAGUUUCAGAUUCUAUCCUGAGUUGACCAUCACUGCAGCAUAGGGUACAUUCUGUUAACUCAACAAAGAUACUUCAUAAACAAGGCAUUCUUCCCCCCCCCCCCCCCCCCCCCCCCCC